UAUCAAUAGAUAAAUUAAUUUUUAAAUUUUUAAUAUGUUAAAAGAUUUACUAGAUACAAAUUUGAUUUAUAGAUACAAAAUUGAAAGUUGAAGAGUAUUAUUAAACAAAUUUUAAAGUCACAAAACUGUCUUAAAUACAAACGUGAAAGCUUAAGAACGUGUAACUAAACCUAUAUUAAUUUAAAGUUUACAAUUAAAACUUAAUUUAAUUGCAUAAAAUAUAAAGAAAAAAACAAAGAUUAAAUGUGAGAUUGGGAUUAGGGGAACAACUUCGUACCUGAUUUUGGUCGCUGUGGAUUUGUUGAGGACCGUUAUACUUAAUUUCUCCAUAGUCCUUCCAUUUUUCGCUAUAUAAUAAACUUUAAGCUCCGCCGUAUUACCACCGACCAGCCAUGGCCUCCGCCGGAGUUCCAGUUGAAAUCGAAGAAGAUGACGAACUCUUCGAGAUCGAUCUCGAUACCGUUAACAACAUUAUUUCACCAUCGCAUUCCUCCGACGAUACUUACGGUUUCUUCAGGGCUGCCGGUGGCACCACGCUUCUUGCGAAUUGCCUAUUGCCGAUCACCGACGUGUCCAAUGCCAUUCCGAUGGGUGAUUCCAACAAAUGCAGCGAGAUGUCUCUGUUUGCAAUGCCGCCAAAGCCGACACAUCUGGAGACGGUUCUUCAACUGCUGUUGGGUUUUGGCCUUCGUCGAGCUUUGAUUGAUUGUUUGGAGAUGAAGAUAACUGGUGAAUAACUGAAUUUUUCUGUAAAAUCGAAUAUAUAUGUCUUAACUAAUUAAACUAUCUUUUUUUUUUCUUUAAAUUUUUAUUAAAUAACUUUUUAAUUUUAUCGAGAAUUUGACGAAUUACAUGCAAU